AUGGAGGUUCUUGCUAAGCUGCAGUCCAACUUUGAAGGACCUAAAAACAGGCUGGCACAGAAUGUGGCGACUGCAAACGACCUUCUCUCUGUGUGUCUGAAUCGGAAGGUCACCAGUCAGAUCAACCACGUCUUCCAGCACAAGAUUCCAGCAGAGGGGAAGCCGAUGACCAAUCAGAAGAACUCUGGCAGAUGUUGGAUCUUUGCCUGUCUGAAUGUUCUGCGGAUUCCCUUCAUCAAGAAGUUUGAGCUGGAUGACUUUGAGUUCAGCCAAAACCACCUUUUCUUCUGGGACAAGAUUGAGCGAGCAAACUACUUCCUUAACGCCUACGAGGAGUGUGCAAAGCGUAAGGAGCCCGUCGACGGUCGUCUGUUCCAGUUCCUCCUGGCCUCGCCCAACCCCAUGAAUGACGGCGGACAGUGGGACAUGCUCAUCAACCUCAUCAACAAACAUGGCGUCAUGCCCAGGAAAUCCUUCCCAGAGUCCUUCAGUGCUACAGCUUCCAGGAGACUGAACCAAACCUUAAACUACAAGGUCAGAAAAGAUUUUAUCUCUAUAGCCUCUAUUAUCACCAUUUAUCCGCCGAGUAUGAAAAAUGUUGCCUUUCCCAAGAUAAGGGCACAAGAUCGGUGACAUGGGUAGGAUAUGAACCCGGGACCUCUUGGUCCUGAGCCAAACACGCUAUCGUUUACGCCACAUGACCCCACAAAUGGCUGUGAUACUCAUCUUAAAGUAGUGUGGGAACCAUUCCAGUGUCAUAAAUUUCAUCCUUUAUUUUUACAGGUCUGCCUGGUGAAUGACUGUCGUCCUGCCAACCCCUUCAGUAAGCUGUACACAGUGGAGUUCCUGGGAAACAUGCACGAGGGCCGCAAGGUUCUGUACAACAACCAGCCAAUCAGUGUCCUGAAGAAGGCCACGGCAGAUUCCAUCAAGGCGGGGGAGGCUGUCUGGUUUGGCUGUGAUGUGGGACAACACUUCGAUCGCAAACUGGGCGCCAUGAAUCUUGAGUCGCACGACUUUGAGUUGACUCUUGGAGUAUCCAGGAAAACGAUGGACAAGUCCCAGAGGGUGAUAUUUGGGGAAUCUCUCAUGACCCAUGCCAUGGUCAUCACAGCUUUUACUCAGAAUGAUGAUGAGAAGUACGUGAAGUGGAGGGUGGAGAACUCCUGGGGAGAUGAGGGAGGAGACAAAGGCUACCUCAUCAUGACCGAUGAUUGGUUCAGCGAGUACGUGUUUGAGGUGGUCGUCGAUAAAAAGUUUGUCUCUGACGAUGUCAUGGCUGUGUUCAAGCAGGAACCCGUGGUCCUUCCAGCAUGGGACCCCAUGGGGUCACUGGCCAAGUCCCAGCUUUGAGGGGUCAUUGAGACACCUGGGUGGUUGCUUGACUAGUUUCUACCUCCAGACUUUUAAUGCUAGCAGUGGUUUUUAGAAUUCCUACACUGAUAGAUAGUACAUGGAGUUUGCUCACUUUUUGAAAUGAUAUUUCACCAUGUAGAGCUGCACCAUUCUACUGCUACCUCUUGUAAGCACAGUGUCAAAGCAGAUCAAUAUCGAAAAACAGAUAAAAACUAAGAAAAUUGUAUGUUGUACAUGUAUGUCAAUUUCUGGUGUAAUACCAUUUCAUGGGUUAAGUGGUUGUGCAAGAAGACUGUUUUAAAUCAACAUUUAAAUGCUGAAAUUGUUUGAUGCAUAGCCAGUAAUUGCCUAAAAUAUUGUCCAUAUGUCACGAUAUGUCACAGGACUUAAUCUAUCGCAUAUUCUGUUAAAGUUGAUGUGGUUUGGCGACUUAGUUCUUUUUCUCUUUCAAAACUGUUUGAAACCUGACCUGACACUAGUCUCAUCUCUGAUGUUAACAUGGCAGGGGAUUACUUCCAGGUGUUGUAUUGUCUUCGGUGGCUGAGCGGAGAUUUUGUGUAGUACUUUUUAAUGGGAUUCGAGUAGGUUGACAGCACGUGGGUGGGGGAAAUUGAUGGGCAGAAUGACAAAGGUCACAUAAUCUGGCCGGGAGCCAGCAGGAAUUAGAAGUCUAUUAGGGGGAAUUCAGGAAGUGGAGGAUUGUAUACUUUCCACAAGUCUGAAAUCUUGAAUUUGUUGUUAACAAAGAAAACUAGUGGCUAUGAAGUGGAGGUCAUUAACAUCCUUUUAGUUUAUUACCAGCAGCACAUUCAAAUCAGGACAAACAGUUGUAGCACAAUGGUAAAACAUGAACAAUUAAUGUAACCACUGCACACAGCAAAGUACUAUCAUUCUCACCUUGCCCUACUACAGACUUUUUAAAAUUUUACAAUUUUUUCUGAGCUGGUACUUUGCAAUGGACAAUUAAAGAGGGUCUGAAUUCUGCAAAUGUU